GCUGGGGCUGACAUUUUGUCUCUGCUUUGGAAGAGUUGUGUGGUGGUGGUGUUGCGGUGGUACUGUGCCGAAGCCGCUGUGGAACAACUCGCAAGCAGGGUGUCGUGAUUCCUGCGGUGCCGCGACUGACCGAAAAGCCGACAUCGCGGGCUAUCGUCUCCACUGAGAAGUCUUUGAACGCCACUGAAAUUUAUUUUCGUUCACCCUGUUCUGUUCGCUCGUUGUCUCGUUCGGGUAGUCGGUGAUUUCUCAAGCCAGAAUGAUGGCAGGUCUUCCUCGGAGAAUCAUCAAGGAAACCCAGAGGUUGAUGCUGGAGCCUGUUCCUGGUAUUAGUGCAGUUCCGGACGAAGAAAAUGCGCGAUACUUCCACGUGGUGGUAGCUGGACCGGAGGAGAGUCCUUUCGAGGGCGGAGUGUUCAAACUUGAGCUCUUCCUCCCUGAGGAAUAUCCGAUGUCCGCGCCAAAAGUACGAUUCAUGACGAAAAUUUACCAUCCGAACAUCGAUAAGCUCGGCCGAAUCUGUCUGGACAUUCUCAAGGACAAGUGGAGUCCAGCGCUACAAAUCCGCACCGUGUUACUCUCGAUUCAAGCGCUUCUAUCUGCGCCGAAUCCAGAUGAUCCUCUCGCCAACGAUGUUGCCGAGCAGUGGAAAGUCAACGAAGUCGAAGCCAUUAGAACAGCUCGGGAAUGGACCCGUUUGUACGCAAUGGCCGAUUAACCCACAUUUUAGGAAAUUCAAAAUGAAGGACGAACGUGAUGAUACUGGGGCAGAGGGUUUCCUUUCAAUUUCCUGAAACUCCCGAUAAAGAUGUACGAGGUUUCCCGUCCUAGCGGGCCAAUCGAACCAAUCGCCGAGAGCGAGAACGAUGAGAGACGAAACAUGUUGAGAUUCACUUGUCCAUCUGAGCGCUCACUCGGGUGUAUAUAAUUAUUGACUUAUGCAUAUAGAUCCACCUUAAGCAAUGUCGAAAGUUGUACACGUUCAACGACUACAUCAACGACCGCGAGCCAGCGAUGGCACCAAGCGAGCGAGCGAGUGAGAGACAGGAGAAGAACAACUUAGGUCAAACGAAAACCAAAACAGAGGAUGGCUAAUCAUUGAAAUUUAGAGAAUUUAUAUCAAACGUAUAUAUAUUCUGCAUAAAAGGUUGAAAUGAAUGCCGUGAAGUCUCACCCCGAGCGAUGCUUGAGGGGAACAUAACGAGAGGCGAAGGGCUGAUCGACUUUUCUAUUUUGAAACCGUCGUCGGUUCAUUGGGAUGGGCUGUGCCAGUCGACGGGAUAGACGGUGCGAGAAGAGCCCGGGUCUUAAGAUUGUCUCGGAUAAGUUGACGCUUCAACUCGUUGGGCAUCGUUCCCGGAAUUCGCGGGGCGAAAAGUGCGAAAAUCAAUCCUCUCACUCAGUAAACGAGAGCGGAAAAACUGAACUCGUCGCAUCGCUCAUCACGGUCGACCGAUGCACCGCUUAGAGAUUCUUCCGCACUGGGCUGGGUUGACAGAUAGAUUAUUCCAUCAACGACUGACGAUUUCGGGGAUUAAAACAUAUAAGUGUACAGAUAAGUGAUUGAAUAAAAAA